AUGCAGGCUGUUGGGUGCAUGCCGACGACAGCUGCCCCAGAGGUUGCUGACGCGCUUGCCGAUCAGUCCUCUCAAGCUGUCUGUGGGGUUUCCUCUCCCUUACGAGCCGCAGAGAGCCAGCUGGCAGCAGCCGCAUCAUCGAGGGGCCCUUCUGUAUUGGUGACAGUCGGCACUACUUCAUUCGACGAACUCGUGCUUACCGCCAGUUCAGAACCUUUCUUACGCGUUCUUCGCCGUAUAGACUGUGCUGCUCUCACCUUUCAGAUCGGCAGGGGCCAUAAGGUGCCCUUCGGCAUAUCCCCUGUGCAUCCUGAUCUCAGCACGAGAGGGGUGUUGGUAGACGUUCGUGGUAUUCCCAGCGUGAAAGUCGUCCGUUAUAUAACCUGUCUCGCUGCCAGCAUUUCUGCGUUUCACCUCGUCGUUUCGCACUGUGGGGCUGGCACUCUUCUUGAGGCCCUUAGGAAGCGCCUGAAGGUUGUUGCUUGCGUUAAUCCUCUGCUCCUAAACAAUCACCAAGCCGAGCUAGCGACACAGCUGGCAGCGGGAGAACACUGUGUGACGCUGCAGGAUCUCUCCGAACUCCCUGCAAAAACUUUGGAGGCAUGGCAGCGCCCGUUCGCAGUUUCAGCAUUCCGCGCAGAGGCAGCACCAGGAGAGGCAAGGGAGCAGCGGGAGAAGUGCCUUCUGCCUCUACCGCCGCCUCGCAGGGGAUUUUUCUCUAGGAUUGUGUGCGAGGAGCUAGGACUAGACGCUGAAUACAAGUCUCUCUCCUUAGGUGCUUUUUCAGAAGGUGACGAGGACGCGAAAUCAGAUCUGAGCCCCCAGAUCCGCCUUUGCAAUCCACUAGGCAGCGCGACGCGUUGCCUCUUGUUUGCUGCGGAUGGACGCGUUCUGCUUGCGGGAGAUGGAGGGGGAUGUGCCUGCAUGUUUGACUUAGCCUCACGGCGCCCUCUCUCUCUCUUGCUGCCGUCGGAGGGAGCAUGCAUCGCUGCUGCUCCCAUAGGCCUUCCCUUCGGCUCAGAGAGAUCCCCCUUUUUGAAAUUGAAGGCUUCUAAGGGCGUGAGCUCGGUGCUGCACAUCGAACCACUCCUCGGCAGCAGCGGGGAAAGCGACGGCAAAGUGCUUUUGCAGCAGAAAGACUCGCGCAUCUCCCUUUUUGACAUGGCCGCUCAGAAGUUCGCUGGUGCCUUCCGUACGGGCGCUUUCUCUUUCUGCAAGUGCAGCGCCCUCCUCGGAAAGAGCUCCGCAGCAGAGUCUGCAGAAGACAUCGCCAGCAGUGUCGAACAUGAUGCCAGCGAGGGAUCGAGCAACUCCAGCAGCGCCUUGCAUGCGCUCCUUGGUGGGCAGUGUGUUGCAGCCCCCACCAGCGUACUUGAAUCUGCUGGGCUUUUCGAUCUUCGAGCGGCGCAGAACGCAUCCGGUGAGCGGAGAGUGACGCCUCCAUCCUUGGAGUUGCGGCUGCCUUCUGCGGAGAUCAGACAGGCGUUCCCGGAGAGAGAAGACGCAACGAGCGCGGGAAGCCUACAAGGGCUUGCCUUUUCGACUUCUAGCUGCCCCCUGCUGCUCGCUGCGUACGAACUGCCAUCCUUGGCGAUGUGGGAUCUACGGCAGCCUAAGACGCCUCUUGCCUUUGCUCCUCUCCCCCAGGCCGCAUCUCCUCCCUCAGAACUCGAAGUUGUGAGGGGUAGCAGGGCUUGGAUUGCAUGCGUUGAGGGGGAGCUGCAGCUUCUUCGCAUCGCCACGAAGAAGCUCCGUGCCACGCAGGCGGGCGAACUGCCGCCCGUCUCCACGGCUCAGGCGACCCAAAGCAGAACCAGCAACCCCACGUGUAGUUCGUUGAGUGCUGCUGAAGACUGCGGGGGAAGCGCGCGCAGCGGCGCAGUCACCGGCAAUAAAACUGAAGGCAGGAAGACGUGUCUGGUACCGGUUGCUUCCGCGUGUAUUUUCGCGCAGAAGUCCAACAGGGGGAGGCUUUUUGAGGCCCAGUCUUGCCAAGAGGCAUUCAUCGACUUCAUGCAACUUGAAACUGGCGAGCUCCAUAUGACAUCGCUAGCUGUGCGCUCCGACGGCCUAGUUGGUGCAUGUGGCUGCUCCGACGGGAAAGUGCAAUUGUACGAGGGGAAGGCGCUUAGGCCCCUGGGGGAGCUAACGGGGCAUCACACGGCUGUCUCUGCCACGGCUUGGUGUCCUACCAACGGCGUUCUCGCCUCCGGGGAUGGAGAGGGAGUUGUGCACCUCUGGGGUGUCUAUCGAGACAGCUACCAUCCCUUCAGGACUGCUUCGUGA